AUGGCCUUCCCGUAUCCGAUCAUCGCCUUAGAGGAACACUUCUGGGCCGAAGCGGCGAUCGAGUUCUACACAGCGAAGUCAAAGCAAGAUCCGUACAAGACGACUGCCCUCCUACGACGAUGUCGAGAUGAGCUGCUCGACGUGGGCGAGUCUCGGCUGAAGUUGAUGCAAGAAAGUGGUGUUACCGUGCAAGUGCUCUCUCACGCGGCUAGUUUCCUGGCCCUCGACGCCGGAACAUGCCAGAAGGUAAACGAUGAAGCGGCCAAAGCCGCCGCCAGGAACCCCAAGCACUUCGCUGGCUUCGCGACGAUUCCAAUGCAAGAUCAGAAAGCUGCGUGCGACGAGCUUCGUCGUUGCGUCACGGAGUUGAAGUUCGUGGGCGCGUUGAUCGACAAUACAUGCGAGGGACGAUUCUAUGACGACCCUCUCUUCUGGCCAUUCUUCGAAACCGCGCAGGAACUCGACGUUCCGGUAUACCUGCACCCUUCAUACAAUGAGCAGACGAAACCACUCCUGUAUGACGGCAACUACCCUGACGCCAUUGCGCAGACACUCAGCAUGCACGCCUGGGGUUGGCACGUCGAGAAUGGUGGCCACAUCCUCCGCCUGUUCGCCUCUGGCUUCUUCGACAGAUUUCCCCGCUUAAAGUUGAUCUUGGGCCACAUGGGCGAGAUGCUGCCAUAUCAACUGGACCGAAUCAUUCGCAUUACAGAGCACCAGUGGCCGAUGGCCGGCGUCAAGCCGGAGAGGGGGUUGAAGCGGGUGUGGGACGAGAAUAUCUGGAUCACAACGAGUGGGAUGUUUGCGUUGGCGCCCAUGGCUACAUUGCUCAAGCAGUGUAAGCCGGACAGGAUAAUGAUGUCGAUUGAUUAUCCGUUCGCAAGACACGAAUGGGGCCUUCAGUUCUUGAAGGACUUGCAGCAAAGUGGAAUGGUCAGUGAGAGCACGCUCGAGGACAUUGCAUACCGGAAUGCUGAGAGACUGCUCAAGAUAAAGGUGUGA